UCAAAACACAGACAAAGGCGCACUCAAAUUGCAGAAAGAAACGCCCAUUUCCCCUAAUCAAAAAUCAGAAAACCCCAAUUCCCGAAUUCGAAAAUGGAACAAAAUGACGACUUCCAAUUGUUCAAUGACAAUCAAGAAAUUCGCAAUUCUUCCACCGGUUUCGAUUUGGGAGAAGCACAGAAUUCGACUCAAGACAUGGAAGAAGACGAAAAGGAAGAGUCUGUGGCUGAUCUAAUGGUUUGGGAUUCUUGUGCGAGAUUAAUCCCUAACGGCUUCACAGUUUCUUAUCCUACAGAUGAAAUUAUGCUCUUUGUCAAUGCUGGUUCCAUGACAUCGCUGAAAUCAGACUCGGGGGUUGAAUUUACAGCAGACAAUUUUUAUGAAGGCGGAGAUGCAUUUCAAACAGAGGAUUUCAUCUCCGAGGGUGGAGAUUGUUCGUUCGUUUAUCAGUCUGCACGACUCGGAAACUUCAGCUACAGCUUUGAGAAUUUUCCGACUGGGGAUUAUUUCAUCGAUCUCCAUUUUUCUGAAAUUAUUAAUGUCAAUGGCCCCAAAGGAAUGAGGGUGUUCAAUGUUUUCAUGCAAGACGAAAAGAUUUUGUCUGAAUUUGAUAUCUUCUCCAUUGUGGGGUUCAACAAACCUUUGCAAGUCAUUGGUGCUCGAGCUGCUGUUAAGGAUGAUGGGAUUCUUCGGUUAAGGUUUGAAGGGGUAUUCGGGAAUCCAAUAGUUAGUGGAAUCUGUGUAAGGAGAGCGCCUAAAAGCUCAGUCCCUCAGCCAACUCAUGAGUACUUUACGUGUUCAAAUUGUUCUACUCAGAUAGAAUAUCCUUCACCUCAGAAAAAAGCUAUACGAACAAAAUCAGUAGCCAAGUAUGAGAAAGAUAUACAAGAGUUGAAAGACACAUUGAAGCAAAAGACUGAUGAAUGUUAUCAGUCUUGGAUGUCUUGGAGUGCAACCAACGAACAACUACAAAAGGUUAGGAUGGACCUUGACAAUAAGACAUUCCAGACAUACUCCCUAGACAAAACUCUAGAGGAGCAAGCCACAAAGCUUAGGGACCUUGCAAGCAAGUAUGAGCACGACAAGGAAUCUUGGACCAAGGCGAUCAGCGACUUAGAACAGAAAGUAAAGAUCAUGAAACAAGAACAUUCGGAGCUUUCUCGUGAAGCACAUGAAUGUGCAGACUCCAUUCCUGACUUGAAUAAAAUGGUUUUUGCAGUUCAGGCACUUGUUGAACAGUGUGAAGAUCUCAAAUUUAAGUACAAUGAUGAGCAAAUGAAGAGGCGGAAGCUCCACAAUCAGUUGCAGGAGACCAAAGGGAAUAUCAGGGUUUUUUGUCGUUGCCGUCCCUUAAGCAAGUCUGAGGUCGUAGCUGGGUGUGCAUCAGUGAUGGACUUUGAUGCUGCUAAUGAUGGAGAUCUUGGUAUUGCAGCAAAUGGCUCCAACAAAAAGAGUUUCAAGUUUGAUCGUGUUUACACUCCCAAAGAUGAUCAAGUUGAUGUGUUUGCCGAUGCUGCACCCAUGGUGGUUUCUGUUUUAGAUGGAUAUAAUGUUUGUAUAUUUGCGUAUGGACAAACUGGAACAGGCAAGACAUUCACAAUGGAGGGUACUGAGGAGAAUCGAGGAGUCAAUUAUCGGACCCUGGAAGAACUGUUCAAGAUUGCCAAUGAGAGAACUGAAACAAACACUUACAACAUUUCAGUUAGUGUGCUUGAAGUUUACAAUGAACAGAUAAGGGAUUUGCUGGCUAUAGAAACAUCCAAGAAAUUGGAGAUAAAGCAAGCUUCUGAAGGAUCACAUCAUAUUCCUGGAAUUGUUGAAGCCAAAGUGGAAAAUAUCCAACAAGUUUGGAAUGUUCUACAAGCAGGAAGUAGCGCUCGGGCUGUUGGAUCGAAUAAUGUGAACGAGCACAGCAGUCGAUCUCACUGCAUGCUCUGUAUUAUGGUAAGGAGCAAAAAUCUAAUUACUGGAGAGUGCACGAAAAGCAAACUUUGGCUUGUGGACUUAGCAGGAAGCGAGAGGCUUGCAAAAACUGACGUGCAAGGUGACCGACUUAAAGAAGCUCAGAACAUUAACAGGUCGCUCUCUGCUCUUGGAGACGUAAUAUCUGCUCUUGCAAAUAAAAGCAGCCACAUACCAUACAGGAACUCGAAGCUGACUCAUUUACUGCAGGAUUCAUUAGGUGGUGACUCAAAAACAUUGAUGUUUGUACAAAUUAGUCCCUCAGAUAAAGAUCUAAGCGAGACUCUGAGUUCACUUAAUUUUGCAACCCGAGUCAGAGGGGUAGAGUUGGGUCCUGCUAGAAAACAAGUUGAUACAACUGAGCUCCAGAAGAUGAAAACAAUGCUUGAGAAAGCACGACUGGAAUGUAAGUCCAAAGACGAAUCCUUGAAAAGGCUUGAAGAAAAUCUACAUAACCUAGAGAGUAAAGCUAAGGGAAAGGAUCAGUUCUACAAAACCCAAUUGGAAAAACUAAAAGAGUUGGAGGGUCAAGUAGAGUUGAAGUCAUCACUGCAAUGCCAAUCCGAGAAACAGGUUUCACAUCUUUCGGAGAAGCUAAAGGGGAAAGAAGAAUCAUGUUCCAGACUUCAACAGAAGGUCGUGGAGUUGGAGAACAAGCUGAAAGAGAAAGACGAAAAUCAUUCUACAACAUACCAAAUUAAGGUUAAUGAUCUUGAGAAGAAGUUGAGAGAACAAAUGCAACAAUCUGAGUCCAAUUCUCAAACACUUGAACAUAAGGUCAAAGAGCUCGAAAGAAAGUUGACAGAACGGGAAGAAAAUGCAGAGUGUCUCUCCCUGAGGCAAACGAUUAAAGAACUCGAAGACAAACUGAGAGAGAAAGAACAGCAGCCGGUGAAAGAGGAGAUGACAAAUGAAACUGAGCAUCGCAUUCUAAGAAGUUUGAGUCUAGCAAACCGCAGAGGCAGUCACGGCUCUGCUAUGGCCAAGGAGAAUGACAAUCUCCAUGAGGUCAGAAGGAAGAGAUUAUCAAGAAACAGUGAAGUUGGAGUUACACCUCCGGUGAGCGACCACCACGCCAAGGAGAAUGACAAUCUCCAUGAGGUCAGGAGGAAGAGAUUAUCUAGAAACAGUGAAGUUGAGAAUAAUGGUGCAGUUCCACCUCCGGUGAGCGACCACCGCGUCUACAAAAGCAGGCGUUCAGAUCCUCCAAAGCCUGCUGCGGCUGGAGUUUCAAGAGUGACGAAGCCAUCCAUUGCGGUGCAGAGGCCCGUUGCACGUGUGAAGACGACAAGAGAUGCAGCAGUCCAGGGGAUCAAGGAGAAGGACAGCAAGAAAAGAAUGUGGACCAGAUAGCGAACUAAGUAAUGCCGCAUUGCUUCUCUAACUCACAAAUUGACAUCCUGAUGCCUGCCUUGGUAGUGUGUGUGUGCAUGUUUCAAAGCUGUAAUAUUAGUGAGUUUGUCUACCAAAUCAGUAUCUAUAUCAUAUAGUACCAAAUUGCUGAUUAGUGAGUUGUUUUCGUGUUGUUUGUCUUCCGCUAAAACACUUUUUGGCAAGAUUUAUAUAGUUAGUGCCCGUUCAAAUGA